AUGUCCAUCUUGCACAACCCCAGACAUAGCCACGAGGACCCUAACCUUUACAGGGCAAAGUAUGAAGACACCAUCGAGGUGUUGGGUCCAAACGUUGAGUUCUACCAGGACACAACGAAACCCGUGGAACACACGUCUUCGAAGGUUGGUAUUAUUGGUGCUGGCUUUGGAGGCAUUACAGCGUCGUUGAUGUGUAAGAGAAAGUGGAAGACCGAAGACUUCAUGAUUUUCGAUAAACACCAGGAGUUUGGUGGUACCUGGUGGGCCAAUACGUACCCCGGAUGCGCGUCAGAUAUCCCAGCGUUAUGGUACUCAAUUUUCUGUGAGCUCAAUGACAACUGGUCCACUUUGAGACCGCCUCAGUAUGAGAUGGAGGAGUACAUCUUGAACGUUGUCAAAAAAUACGAUCUUCGUAGCCAUGCCAGGUUGGGCGUGGUGGUGCACGAGGCCAUCUGGAACGAGGAGUCUGGCACUUGGUUGCUCAAAGGUUCUCACAUCAAGACGGGACAGAUGUUUGAACACACUUGUCAAAUUUUGCUCAGUUGCAGUGGUGGGUUGGUGUACCCCAAUCAGCUCAAGGCUCCAGGUUUGGAGAACUUCAAGGGCAAAUACAUGCACUCUGCACUUUGGGACCAUUCGGUUCCUAUCAAAGGCAAAAGAAUCGUGGUUGUGGGAAACGGUUCCUCAGCUGCGCAGGUUGUUCCAGCUUUAGUUGAUGACUGUGAUGCUGCACAUGUCACUCAGGUUUUCAGGUCAAAGCACUGGAUCUCACCACCUCCUCCAUAUUUCGUGCACCUUUUAUACCACUAUCUUCGUCGUACAAGAAUUGGCUUGAUCUUUGUGCGUUGGUUCAUUGCUCUCGCAGCAGAAAUGAGAUAUCCUUUAUUCCAAGGUGAUGGCUUAUUUGCCAAAUUAUUUCGAUCCUUGAAUCAGUGGCAGUGCAAGAAGUACGUGCGCAAAUAUGCUCCAGAGUAUUACGACAAAAUCAUCCCUGACUUCAAACUCGGAUGUAAGAGACUUAUUUUCGAUUACAAAUACAUUCCUUCCCUCAGGAACCCUAAGAUCGAACUUAAUGACUCAGGCAUUGACCAUAUCACCGCUGACACUGUGUACUUCAAGGAUGGCACGAAAACAAAAGCUGAUGUGAUUGUGGCCUGUACUGGAUACUCCGUUCCCAAGGCUUUCUUCAAUGGUGUCAAGUUGAUUGGCAGAAAGGGCAUCAACAUCCAGGAGAUGUGGAAGCACGAGGGUGUCUCCGCAUACAAAACUCACAUGGUGAGAGAUGCACCUAACUUCUUCUUCUUCGCUGGUCCAAACUCGGCAACGGGACACUCGUCUGUUGUCUCAGCCAUCGAAAAUGCCGCCGCUUGGGUAGGUAAGGUUGCCAGACCCAUUGUCGAGGGUAAGUCCAAGGCCGUGAGCGUUAGUCGCAGUGCAUACUAUAAGUGGUACGAAAUCACUCAGAACCAGUUAUCUAAAGCCGUGUUUGGUACACCAUUUGGUGGGUGCCACUCUUGGUACACCACUGAUGACUACAACCCUACUACGUACCCCUUCUCGCAAGUCCACUAUUUCAUCAAGUCGAGAAUCUUUGGCACAAAGGACUUGACAUAUGAGCCAGUUGAUGACAAAAAAAAUGUUUAG